CGGCCGUUCUUGCUUGGCUGCGCAGGAGAGGGAGAGCCUGACGUCCGGGGAGCGUCCCCCAUCGUCUUCUCACGCCUUCCUCCGCCAUGCUUCCCCCAGGACGGAGUCCGCAGAGCCCGGCCGGCCGCUGCGCCCCUCCCGAGCGCCCUGCUGGGCUUCGAACAGCGUGACCGCCUGGAAAUGUGGGGGCCGUGGAAAUGCACCGCGGCAUUGUCGGCCUCAAGCUAGGGUUGACGGGGGCCAGUGUGGGGAGAAGUUGAGAGGCAACUGACACUUGACCAGCAAAAGUAUUUUUGAGCCCAGGGCAGACGACCCGCUCUUUCUUGCGAGAUCCUGCCGGAGAAAUUUAGUUGUUGUUGCUUUGAAUAUGUGAUCAACAUCCAGCUACCAUGUCACUUUGGAUCUCAGUUUCCUCGGUUGGAAAAUGAGACUAAGAUUAACACCUUCCCGGGCGGCGGCGGUGGCGCACGCCUUUAAUCCCAGCACUCGGGAGGCAGAGGCAGGCGGAUCUCUGUGAGUUCGAGGCCAGCCUGGGCUACAAAUAUUUGGGAAAGCAAUACAGACCUUAUCACGAGUGAGUGAUGACCUGUGGCUAGACCCAUCUGAGAAAGGUCUUGCCCUGAGAUCUGUGAAUUCCUCUCACUCAACAUAUGGCUGUGUCCUGUUCUCGUCUUUGUUUUUUCAACAUUAUCAAUGGUCACCCUCAGCCAUGAUGAGUGAUAAUGGCAUACCCAUGAAUUUAAAUUGCAAAUUGGCAAUAAAGUCAAUUCUGCCAAUCUUUAGGUGUCUGAAUUAUCUUGAAAGAAGUGUAGAGAAGUGCAGAAUAGUCGCCAGAACGGAUAAAUGCAGAGUCGUCUUUCAGUUCUUCUGCAGGCAUGGUAUUAAAAGAACGCACAAUGUGUAUUUCCAAGACAGCCAGCCCUUGAAAAUUCUCUUUGAAAAGAGCUUGUGUGCCAAUAUCCUGAUGAUUAGACCAAGAUUGCUGGCUGAGGCCAUUGUUCUUCUAACGUCAAAUCAAGAGGAAGUCACCUUUUCUGUUACUCCAGGGAAUUUCUGCCUCAAGAGUUCGAGCGGGGAAUCCCUGGAUUUAAGCAGUUCUGUGUACAGUGAGAUGUCUUUCGGCCCAGAAGAGUUUGACUUCUUUCAAGUUGGACUUGAUACCGAAAUAACAUUUUGCUUUAAAGAACUAAAGGGGAUCCUCACCUUUUCAGAAGUGAUGCACGCUCCCAUAGCCAUCUACUUUGACUUUCCUGGGAAACCGGUUGUUUUGAGUGUUGACGACAUGCUCUUGGAGGCGAACUUUAUCUUGGCCACGUUAGCGGAUCAGCCAAGCAGAGUGUCUUCACCACAGUCACUGUGUCUUUCCCAGACACCAAGAAGGCCAGACCCCACACGGUCAAAUGUCCAGGGGUGUAAAAGCCAAGCCAGCCUGGCCCCAGAGAGCAUCUCUCGAGCAGCACCCAAGAGGCUGUUUCCCAAGGAGCCUCCGGACAGCAGCUCUGCAACAGAGACCGAGAGAGCCAGCGCCAACCAGGACGACAUCUCUGAAGUGCCUGAAAGUAUCGUCAGUGACGUGGAGGAAGGGCCAAGCCCUUCACACCUCACGAAGUUUUCCUGCAUGUUCUUCGGAGCAGUUUCUUCUGAGCAGCAAGAACACGCCGGCCACCCUUUGGACAGCCUGGCAAUAGCAAGUGACAGUGAAGAAGACAUGAGGGGAUGAGUGUCCACAGCCGGACGGACGCUCAGAGAUAGCUGCACCGGGUGCUGAGCCCUGGCUCCUUGAAGGCCAAGGGAGAAUGGACCAGACACUGUUCCUGGGCUUUCUUAUAUCACUAUGCACUACAAAUCCAUUGUGCCACUUGGGGACAGAGCUGGGCACAGGAAUGAACAUAUCAAGGUUCUUUGUUUUGCUUUUUUGAGACAGGGUUUCUCUGUGUAGUUUUGGUGCCUGUCCUGGAUCUUGCUCUGUAGACCAGGCUGGCCUUGAACCCAGAGAUCUGUCUGGCUCUGCCUUCAGAGUGCUGGGAUUCAAGGCGUGAGCCACCGUCACCUGGCCAUAACAAGGUUCCUAGACACCGUUUACCCUGCAGCCUUGACAUGUCCUCUGCCGGUCCGUAAAGGCAGACUUUCCUCAGCAUCUCGGUGGAAGGGGGCGUUUCUCAGGAGCCCCUAGGACUCCUGGGUACAUGACUGAAGACAACAGUCAUGCAGCCCUUCUUAUGCAAUGACCUGGCAGUUUCUGUUCAUUGUAGGUUGUGAAUAAAGAAAUCUACAGUUUAUCCCUCA